AUGCGAAGUGAAUUCAAAAACCGAAAGACCUUUGAAGACCGCGCUCGAGAUUCGGCCGCCAUCAGAGAUCAACAUCCAAACAAAGUGCCUGUAAUUGUCGAGCGAUCUUCCUCUGAAAAGUCGCUGCCUAUUCUUGACAAAACAAAAUUCUUGGUCCCCGAUCAUGUGACCGUCACCGAGCUGAUCCGAGUACUGAGGCGGAGGCUCAACCUCGCCCCUGGCCAGGCAUUCUUUCUCCUAUCAGACCGAGGACUCCCCCCAGGAACACAAACCCUAGCCGAGCUUUGGGAGGGCGAGCAUGACGAAGAUGGAUUCCUCUAUGUCUUCUACGCCGCUCAAGAGUACUUUGGCUAA